GCAGAGUAAACCCUCUAAGGGACACCUAAAAAGAAAUCUCUUAUGUCGUUUCUUAAAGACCACCUUGGCCACUAUGGGUGAAUACAGUCGGUUUAUAGAUUGGGACAAGAUGGAUGCUACAAUCCAGGAUCAAGAUGCAAAGGAACUGACCAGCACAGAAUUUCAGGACCUAAAACAACUGGCUCGCCAGGGAUACUGGGCCAAGAACCACUCUUUAAGAGCCAAAGUAUAUCAUAAACUGAUCAGUGAUAUCCCUUGCCGCACGGUGACACCAGAUGCCCAUGUUUACCGAGACAUUGUAGUAAAAAUUGUUGGCAAACGAAACAGCAGCUCUCUUCCCCUUCCAGAAUUUGUAGAUAAUAGCUUGGUUCCCACGUACUGCCUGAAUGCUGAGGGCAUUGGUGCCAUCAGGAAGAUCAUCUCGUGCAUUGCAAGCCAGUUCCCAGACAUCUCAUUCUGCCCAGCUCUGCCUUCCAUAGUGGCACUCCUCCUUCACUACAGCAGGGAUGAAGCAGAGUGCUUUGAAAAAGUUUGCCGCAUCCUUGCCUGCAAUGAUCCAUCCAAGCACUUCAUUGAUCAGACAUUCUUGGCUUUUGAGUCAUCUUGCAUGACGUUUGGGGACCUGGUUAAUAAGUACUGUCAGGCAGCCCAUAAACUUAUGGUGGCAGUCUCAGAAGAUGUGCUAGAAGUCUACUCUGAUUGGCACCGGUGGCUUUUUGGAGAGCUGCCUCUGAUUUACAUCACCCGCGUCUUUGAUGUCUUCUUGGUAGAAGGUUACAAGGUGCUCUACCGUGUUGCGCUGGCUCUCCUCAAAUUCUUUCACAAAGUCAGAGUUGGGCAGACCCUGGAAUCAGAAAAUAUACAGCAGGACAUCCGAGCAUUUGUGAGGGACAUCGCGAAGUUGGUGUCUCCUGAAAAACUGCUGGAGAAAGCUUUUGCAAUCCGUCUCUUCUCACGGAAGGAGAUCCAGCUUUUACAAAUGGCCAACGAGAAGGCUCUUCAGCAGAAAGGCAUAACAGUCAAACAGAAAAGGCAGAAUGUCCACUUGGCUGUUCAUGCUGAGAACUUCAAGUCUGAAAUUGUUGAUGUGAAGAAGAUGAGAGACAUCUGGUCCUGGAUUCCCGAGCGCUUUGCCCUUUGCCAGCCUCUACUACUCUUUACCACCUCAGAGCAUGGCUUCAGCCUAAACAGGUUUUUCUCGCAUUGUGAAGGGCAUGAACCAACUCUCCUUUUGAUUAAAACAACUAUGCAAGAGGUCUGUGGGGCCUAUUUAUCGACUGACUGGAGUGAACGCAGACAAGGAGGAAGCAAGCUGAGUUUCUUUGGGACAGGAGAAUGUUUUGUGUUCAGGCUGGUGCCUGAAGUGGAACGCUAUGAAUGGGUAAUAAUCAAGCACCCAGAACUUGCUAUGACUGGAUCUGAACAAGGGAACAAUUCUUCAGAGGUUUCUGAUUCCCUCUCCUCAACCAGCCUCCCCGCGGACCCUUCCAGUCGCCUUUCCCCUUUCCUUUCAGCCCGGCACUUCAACCUGCCUUCCAAAGCAGCUUCCAUGUUUAUGGCUGGUAGCACCGAAUGCAUCAUGAUAGGUGGUGGUGAUGGUCAAGCCCUCUACAUCGAUGCAGACUUGAAUCACGGAAGAACCACCCACUGCAAUACUUUCAACAAUCAGCCGUUGUGCUCUGAAAGUUUCCAGAUAGCUAUUAUGGAAGUUUGGGGGUUCAGAGAUACUAUGAGCAGCUGAGAAUGCUGCCUCCUUCAAAAACAACCAGCACCAUGAAGUAUUUUAAGUUCCUGUGCCCAUUUCCAGUUGCAGGAACCAAGCUACCAUUUUGAAUCCCCAAAAUUAAGCUGCUUUGUACUUUAAAAAGCUAAUUUGAAGAUCUCAGAUAAAUCUGGGGCCUCGUUGUUCGGUCACUGUGUUCUUUGUAUGCAACUCCAUGUGGUCUAAGUGAUCCAUCCUUAGCCUCUUUCUGCUCUAUUGAGUUUGACGCAUACCCUGAUAUUUUUGGUGGUAAAGGGGGUGGUCUUACAUCACCCCCCAGUUGAUUCAUAAUUCUGUUAGUAUUGCCAUCAACUGGUGCCUGGAGGCACUCAGAUGUUUUUUCAGAUCUUGGCAGAUGUGGGUCAGCAGCUGGCUUUAUCCAGCAAGUCCCAUUUCUUAUAAACAUGAGCUUUCAUCCAAAAGGAGCUGUAUGUGAUCAAUGGAUUAUGUUGCUGAUGUCUUUUCGUUCUUCCCUCAUUCUGGCCCUCUGCAUAUUACAUCCUUCUUGGGAUUCCUUGAUCCUCAGGAGCUACAGUAUGUAGGAAAGAUUUUAUUGCAUGGCAUGUGGACAUUUAGAUCCACCCCAUUAUUUUCAGGGACUUGUUUUCUUAAAGAAAUCUAUAUAACCCCCUGCUUCUUGUGUGUGUAAAUGUGUGUUGCACCUGGCUGCUGUUCUGACAGCUAACUUUUACUGAUCAUUCCAAUAUGUGGGAAAUACCAUUCAGGAGUCGUAAUUAAUUUUCAUUCUGCUGUGGCACUGAUCUGUAGAAGUUGAGGGAACCUCCUGCCAUCUUUAUCUUUUUCUGUUUACAUUCCUGAUACCGCGUAUCAGUAGUAUCAUUAUUUUAGAUAAUCGUUCCAGGCUGCUGAAGUCUAAUGCAAGAUAUGCAGUGUGCAGAAAUAUCCCCCCCACUCCAGCCUUGGUCCAGAACUAUUACUUGUCCCCUCUUCCCUAUGUUUUUGUGCUUAGAGAAGCAGUAUUUCUAAAACAGUAUUAGCUAUCUGACCUGAAACAUUCAGUGCAGAGUAAAACUAUAACUGAUUGGUAAAUAAACCAACCUUUUCUCUGAUUUCUCUAUUAAUUAGGACUGGGUGAUUUCUCUAGGCU